GUCACUAGGCGGCGGCAGAACAGCGCGUUUUUGAAUCCCGCAUCAGUUAGUCGAUUCUCCUGUUGUCCGGUUAUCGAGGGUGUUUUUUGGGGUGUUUUUGUGUUUCAGCUCCGCCUCAACACACGGAGCAGCAGCCAGUUCAACCGAGGGACGUGAACGUGUUUAUCUCCGUGUUCUGGCGUCGUUUUCUCUUCACUUUUCUGCCGUUAAUUUACCGGUAAUCUUAGCAAACCGUUGGCUUGUGUGUUUGUGUGUGCGGCGUUACCAUGGUGAUGCUCCGCGGUCGAGGCAGAGAGGACCCGGAUCAGAGGAGCGGGUCGCUGCGGCAGCAGAGGCCGGCCAAGAACUCCCAAUUCCCGCAGAGGGCUCGAGCGGAGACCCGGAGCAGGAGCACGGUCCACCAGCCCGAUGGAGUUUAUGGCGAAGACGAUGAGCAGAAUCACGUCGAUUCGGAAACACAAGAGGAUGAAGAUGAGGAAGCAGUGAGAUUCAUCCUCAGGAAAUCUCCAAGGCUUCAAAGCUCCUCAGGUGUUGGGAGGAAGAUUGGGCCGAGGAGAAGCAGCAGGCCAACCAAACCGAUCCGCAGAUAUCAGGCCUCCAACAUGUUCGACGGCAUCAGCACCAACGCGGCCAGGUCGGUCCUGACGAGGAUGGACAACAUGAAGAAGAUAAGGUGGCUUAGUAACAACAAAGAAGGGAAAUUGCAGAAGAUCUACUCUAAAGCGCAGAGGAGCAGAACACCGGUGCCUCCACAGACAGAGCUCAGUGACAGUGAGGAUGACAACGGUGGAGUCGUUGACAAGGACAGCAGGCGGGAAGUGGCUGCAGACGACGACAGCAACUGCAGCACCGACCAGAACUUUGACGCCAAAUUGAGCCGAGCCUCGUUGCUCUACAAGGGACCCACCAGCGAGUUCCCGAGAGGAACGUUCAGGAUCAGCGCCUCCGGAGCGAACACGACCCGCAGAACAGCGUUCAGACCCACCGAUCGGUCUGACGAAGACAGCGACUCUGACGAUGAAGUGCAAGACGUCGGUAAAGUCCCUGGAAGCAGCCGUCAGCCGCUCGGCCCGCGUACGGAGGACUUUCUGGGGACUCGCAGACACAAGAUGAACGCAGGAGCAGGUCUGGCAGAUAUCGAUCCCAUGGCCAUCGACCAAUCGGUGGGGUUUGACAGCAUCGGAGGUCUGUCGGGUCACAUCUCAGCUCUGAAGGAGAUGGUUGUCUUCCCACUUCUCUACCCUGAAGUCUUUGACAAUUUCAAGAUCCAGCCUCCCAGAGGUUGUCUGUUUUACGGACCUCCCGGGACGGGGAAAACGCUGGUUGCCCGGGUGCUGGCCAACGAGUGUAGCCAUGGCAACAGGAAGGUGGCCUUCUUCAUGAGGAAGGGAGCCGACUGCCUCAGCAAGUGGGUUGGCGAGUCGGAGCGGCAGCUGCGGCUGCUGUUUGAGCAGGCGUAUCAGAUGCGUCCGUCCAUCAUCUUCUUUGACGAGAUCGACGGCCUGGCUCCGGUCCGAUCCAGCAGACAGGACCAGAUACACAGCUCCAUCGUGUCGACGCUCCUGGCUCUGAUGGACGGGUUGGACAAUCGAGGGGAGGUCGUUGUGAUCGGAGCGACAAACCGCCUGGACUCCAUCGACCCGGGGCUGCGACGGCCCGGACGCUUCGACAGGGAGUUCCUCUUCGGACUGCCUGACAGAGAGUCUCGUAAAGAGAUUCUGAAGAUCCACACCAGGCAGUGGAAACCCCGUCCGUCUGAAGAUUUCCUGGACGAACUGGCCGAGAAAUGUGUCGGUUACUGCGGUGCCGACAUCAGGGCAGUGUGCACCGAGGCGGCGCUGUGCGCUCUGCGGCGCCGCUACCCGCAGAUCUACAGCACCUCCCAGAAGCUCCUGCUGGACGUCUCCUCCAUCGCCGUCAGCAGCUGCGACUUUGUGGUGGCCAUGAAGAAGAUGGUGCCGGCCUCCCACCGCGUCACCGCCUCGCCAGCCAAACCCCUGUACCCUGAGGUUCAGCCGCUGCUGGCAGCCACCCUGCGCGACAUCCUGGACGCUCUGCAGAGGUUAUUCCCUCAUGCCGAGCAGGGGAUGAAGAGGGAGCCAGAUCUGACGUCUGGGAUCUUCGACCAGGGCCCGAUGUGUGGAGGAGACGAGGGCUCCAGCACAUCCAGCAUCUCCACAACCUCCACCUCCAAGAGCAAAAACUUCCUGCACUUUGCCAGGAGUGCAGUCAAACACCCGACGUCCCACCGUCCCAGGAUGCUCCUGGCUGGUCGUCCCGGUUCCGGUCAAACCUCCCACUUGGCUCCAGCGAUCCUGCACGCUCUGGAGCGCUUCGUCGUCAACAGCCUGGACUCUGCCGUGCUUUUUGGAGUCAGCAGCACCUCCCCAGAGGAAGCCUGCGUCCAGGUGUUCUGCGAGGCCAGGCGGACGUCUCCCAGCAUCCUCUACAUGCCUCACAUCCAGCAGUGGUGGGAGACCGCGGGGUCCUCGCUGAGGGCAUCCUUCCUCAGCCUGCUGAGCAGCAUCCCAUCCCUCUCCCCCAUCCUCCUCCUCGCCACCUGCAGCGUCCCCCUUCAGCAGCUGGAUCCAGAGAUUCAGUCUCUGUUUUGGGAGGACUGCGGGGAGAUUUACACCAUCGGUGUUCCCAACGAGCAUGAGAGGACCGACUUCUUCCAGGACCUCAUUCUGAACCAGGCGGCCGAGGCGCCCUCCAAGAACAGAGCACUGACUCGGGCCAUGGAGAUCCUUCCCCUGGCUCCCCUGCCUCCCCCCCGCCAGCUGCCGAAGCAGGAACGCCUCCGUGUGCAGGAGCGGGAGGAGGACGUGAUGCGGGAGCUACGCCUCUUCCUGCGUAACGUCACCGAGCGUCUGAGUCUGGACCGCCGCUUCAAGGCCUUCUCCAAACCGGUCGACACAGAGGAGGUGCCGGACUACGUGUUGGUGGUCAAGAAGCCCAUGGACUUCUCCACGCUGCUGACCAACAUCGACGUGCAGAAGUACGUCACCGUCAGCGAGUUUAUGUCAGACGUGGACCUGAUCUGGCAGAACGCCCUCGAGUACAACCCGGACAGCGACCCCAUGGACCGCCACAUCCGUCACCGCGCGUACGCCCUGAAGGACACGGUGCGCGCCAUCAUGAGAGACGAGCUGAACAAAGAAUUUGAGGGAGUCUGCGAGGAGAUCAGAGAGUCGCGCUACAAGAGAGCGUCUUCCUGUGGGACUGAGGCCAACCCAGAGGAGGCCGACGGCGUCUGCAGCUCGGCGUUCACCAGAAACAGCCCCGGACCUCGACCUCGUAAGAAAAAACGUUACAAACGGCCGAGAAAAUCCAAGUGGAGCACCGGCGUCAUCAAGAAAGCCCAGAAAAAGAAGCCGCCGCUCCCUGCCUCCUCUUCGUCCUCCAUCACAUCCAGCAGGGGCAGCUCUGAGUCGGGCCCCGAGGAAAACAGAGUCGUUGAGAUGAGAAAUGGCGCAGUUGAUCCGAGCUCAUCCACCGCGUCAGAGAACAGCGACGGCGAGCGUCUGAACGGGUUUCACCACCCCUUAAACGGCGUCCUUGUGAACGGGUACAACCGUCCCGAGCCAGCUGACAGCGCCCCCGCAGGGAGGCUGGGGCAUCGAACCCGGACCUCGAAGACUCCCCUGAACCUGAACGCGAUGGUGAACGGGGUUUGUUUGAGCGAAAUAGGUCUGUAUCUGUAAGGAAAGCGCCUCUGAGUGGCGGUGUGAGCGCCUCGCUCUACUAACUGGUCUCCGCUGGACUGCGACCGAGCUACGCUGCUGCGAUGACACGUGUGUAAAACAGGAAGUGAAAGUAACACGCUGCUUCUGCUUCCUGCUGCUGCUGAGCAAGCUUCAACGGGCCAAAGCUUCAGACUCUCUGCAGAAGUCUGCUGGGCAUCGAGCCGACACUGACACAACACGUUCUCUUUAGUCUACAUAUAGGAAUGAAUAUACAUAUGUUUACAGAUGAUGAUUGAUGAAUGAUGAAUACACUAUAACUAAUGAUUUAAAGGGCCAUUUUUAAAACAUUAAUAUUAUUCUGGCAGCCGAUUAGACUGUUGUCAGGCUAUUAAACCCCCCCCACUCCCCUCC